CAACAUGAGUUCCGUGUUUGUUAACGGAAUUCCUUUGGUUUCUGAGUUUGCCGUGGACAAUGACACGGAAUGUAAGUUUAACACCAUCGCGGCGACCCGACAUCAAAUGAACCCCUGGAUUCAGAUAGACCUGGGUCUAUCAGCCUACGUUCUCCAGGUUUUGAUUCAUGCUAGACAGGAUUGCUGUGAACCUGGAAGGCUCCACAAUGUGUCCAUCACAGUUGCAGAUGUUGGACAUCAGCAGGAAUGUGGUUUUUAUCCGGGACCAACCAAUGCACAUGACCGUAUUCUCGUGUUUUGUAAGCAGUCCACGAGGGGGCGUUACGUUACCUUGAUGAUCCACUCCAGACCCGGUGCGUGCGACUUGUUACAGGUCUGUGAGAUUCAAAUCUACGGACAUCGGUGAGAAAGCAUAGCCGGUCUAAACGAAUACACAUAUUAGAAGUGAAUAAAUGACGAGUCAAUGACACAGCUUUAACGUAACGUGAAAACGAAGCUGUAAUUUUAUCUAGCGUAAUAAUGCCUUGAUUUAGAUGUUCAUAUUAUGCUUGUAAUUUUUUUUUAAAUUUCCAAAACACUUUCAAGAGUGUUAUUUAUUUUCUAAAAAAAAUAAAAUAGCAGUGAAUAUA